AUGGAUGUAGAUAUAAAGCCAGAGGAGGAUGAGGUGGAGAUAUCCCCAGCAGUCAUUUGGUCUGACACUUUUGAUGCAGGUUAUUCAUAUGCCGGAAAUUGGUAUGACACAACAAAACAAAGCCGUAUUUGUGGUCUGUUAGAAGAAACAAAUUCAAGCGAUAGGGAGAUUAAAACGAAUUCAACAACUGUUGGUGCUCAACUUCAAACAGCUGUAAACGUGGGUGAUGAAGGUGUUGUCCUUGUUCACACAGAACAGGAUAACCCAAGCACCCCUGUAGGGAAUUUAAUCAAAGAUGAGUCAUGUUUUUACUUAUCACCCAGUGAUAUUCAGAUUGGAAAAGGAUGUACCUCGUCUCAGUCGCAACAUCUAGUUGCAGAAAGUGUUUCUUUCGGAGGACAAAUCAAUCCAACUGUACCGAUAUUUAGCAGCUUUCAAAUACAGCCCCUAAACAAUGAUCAAGUGCUGACUGAUUAUGUUAAUCUCCCAAGCCAAAGUAUUACCAAACCCUUUCUAAUAAUUUCACCUGCAACAGCAAGCGACAGUAAUUUAACUCCAGUGCUGCAGCCAUGUCGUAUUAGGACUCACAGGCCUAUUCUUCCAGCCUAUUGUAAACCAUUUACUUUUACCUCUGCUCAAGAGGAAAACUAUUACGUAAAAAAAAAAAAAAGAGGGAAGAAAACGGAAAAGGCACAAAAAAGGAGAAAAGAUGGAGAUAUGUGGCAACGUCGUGUUAAAUACUCAAAACAUAUUUCGCAAAGGUCCUCAGCUGGAAAAGAGUUGAAGGACCCAUACUCCAACUGCAAGAAAAUUGGCUUGGAUUUCAAUGUUGGUUCUGGAUCCAAACAUAAACUAGAUUUGCAGUUGCUGACUAAUGGUGUGAUGGUUGAGGUUUCUGAUUUUGCUAAAGAAGUUAAUAGAGCUCAGCAGCAUGUUGUCUGUGACAUUCUAGAGUACAACUUUGAUCUUGGUUUGCAAAAGCAUCAAAGGUAUGAUUUUUCGACGCGUACAAUGCACAAUUUAAGAGAAUUGAUGAGAAAACAAAAAACUGUUCUAGGAAAACCUGGAUUCGUAAUGGAGGUGUUUACCCUUCCUGAUCCCAACAUGAUAAAAGGAUCGAAAUAUGCCCGUUCAACUGCAAAGAAUUAUGACAGUGUGUCAGAAAAUCCUGAACCUGCUGACAUGCUUUUAAUGGACAAAUCUGAUCUGGACGUCGUAUCCAGACCUACUCAGCAUGUCAAGACAGACAACCUGUUAACUGAGACCAAUGUAACGCAGUGUGCUGGUGGGACAGUGUACAGCCUUGCAACGGACCAAAACUGGCAUCUAAUGGCGUCUACAACAUCAAAAACAAUGAAGGACCCUUAUCCCCUCUGUAAGAAAAUAGGAUUAGAACUUGAUGUGAAAUCCAAUUGUGGGGCAAAAGAGAAACUUGAUUUGGAUUUAUUGACCAAAGGUGUAGUGAUUGAACUUGGUAAUUUUGCCAAAGAAGUAUGUGGAACUUACAAGCAAAUUGUCAUUGAUGUCCUAGAGCACAAUUUUGAUCUUGAUUUGCCUAUUGAGAAAACCAAGCUGUCUACAUAUAUUAUUGCAAAGUUGAGACUAGUUGUUAAGAAAAUGACAUGCAUGGCACAUAAAAGGAAACCUCAGUAUUUAAAGGAAGCAUUCUCACUGGGGGUUGGCACAAGAAAGAAACCUGCAGUGAUUUCCAGUAAAAUGCAGGUCAUUAACUCAAUCAACUCAAUUGUGUGGAAAUAUCAAGGACUGAAAGAAGUAACAGAAAGAAGACGAUUAGAUUUGAGAAGGAAAAGGGGAGAAAGAGCCACUUGCAAAGCAAGAGAAAUGAAGACAGAGAAAUUACAUAGAGGUAGACAAGUAGGCCUAGGUCCUCAGUCUGUGAAGAAACAGACCAUCUCCAACGAGACUGAACUCACAUUGUCAGCUGACAAAGCAAAGGUCCUGGGCAGCAACAUUAAACAGGCAAAUGUGAUGCCCUUUGCAGGGAAAGUGGUGAAAGACUGCUACCCCUUGUGCAAAGAAGUAGGUGUGGAACUUGAUGUGAAAUCGAAACCGGCAUCCAAAACAAAACUUGACUCACAGUUACUGACUAAUGGUGUAAUGUAUGAGGUUCAUAAGUUUGCAAAAAAUACAAAAAGGGGUUAUAUGUAUACUGUCUAUGAUAUUCUGGAAUAUAAUUUUGAUCUAGAUUUGAAAAAUCAGAAACGCUGUCAACUUGCCAUACAUAUUUCAUCUAAACUGAAACGAAUGGCUAAACGGAAACAUGUCACAAAUGAAGAAUUUUCAAAAGAAGUGUUUAUAAUACCUCUUGUGACUAGACAAUACAAGAAAAAAGAAGCUACUCCACCUGCAAGAUUGUCAAAAAGACAAUUGUAUUCGAAAAGGACACAAGAGGCAAAUGAUACAGAGGAGAAGAUGAACUAUCAGAAGAUGGUUAGCAAGAUCGGUUUGAAAUAUGUGGUCGCUGAUGCAAAAACAGUAUGGUCUCUGCAUGCGGAAGAGACCAUCUCUAUCGAAACAGAUGAAACAGUCAAGCUUGGCCAGGAUAAUGGACCCCUUGACUUCUGCUUAAAGGCGUCUGAUGUUCACUCUGGGGUCACAGAGCAAACCCCAUGCCCAGAGAACUACCAAGUUGACAUUUGCAGGACAAUUAUCAAUGAAAUUGUUACGAGUGAUGAAAUGCAGCAGAUGAGAUGGAUUUUUGUAACAUUUUCAAACUGUUUUGGUGUUGGGACUGGUUCCGAAAAGAAAUUUGAACAAAUCCUCGCUGAAUACAGAUCAGACAUCCUACCAGUGAUAGUUGAGAAACAUGGUGGCUUUAGUUCCACUGAAAAGACAAUGAUGACCCUUGUAAGUCAGCUCUUCUGUGGCUUACAUUUGAUUGAUGGCUUAGCUCACCAGGCAAAAACAACUCUUCUACUUUGGGAAAAUAUGAUUUUAGGAGAUAAAGAAGUAGGAGUCCAUAACUCCCCUAACAUUGGGACGACAGCAUUGGAGUCUGGAACAGUAUGUUUGGUGAAUUCUGUGAGUGAUGCUGUGCAAGAGCUUGGAUGGGCAGAAGACGGUCAGCUUGUUCCGUUCGAAACCUUUUUGACCAGCAAAAGAGAAUUUGAUGAAGUUCCUUUGUCUCUAUCCAUUGGACACAGAAUUGAUGGUCUGUUUCAUAAUUCUGCUGGGGUGUAUAGCAUCCAUGAUGAUUUGGUUGAGUUUACCAGUACGUACGGAGCUGAGAGUAGUUUGCUUGCAGCAGUUGUUGCUGAUUUGGAGGUUCAACAGUUCAAGGCAGGAUGCAGAGCUCUGGGUCUGGUUUCCAAGCUAAUCAUUGAUCCUCUCUGGAGAGCCUUGACUUUGAAGGGAAACUUGUUGGAGAUGGAAGAAAGAUACCAAACCCUUGUUACCAAGCUCAAGGAAUGGCAGGAAGAUGGGAGAGACCUUGUUGAAGGAAAUGCAUGCUUGUUUGAUGACAUUGAGGUACCCAAGAACCUUGUGUUUGACAGGCUUACCAUGUGGACAGACACAGACUUUUUUGAGUUGACUGUUCAGAUUGUUGAGUUGAUCCUAGCCAGUUUUCUGAAGGUAUGUUGUAUGAUGCUUCCAGUCGAUCUAGAGCUCCUGUCAAUGAAAAAUGAUCGAUUCAGGAAGGAUUUGGCAAUAUUAGAUCAAUUGCAAAAAGCUAAGCCAAAUGCAGUCAGUAUUGCCAUUGAAGGCAUGGACAUGUGCAAGAAGAAUCACACUUGGGAAUGGCUGUCCUUUUUGGAUGAACCAAAAAUAGUGUCAAUGAUGAAAGCAUUCCAGACAGUGUAG